AUGAGUCUACAUCAAGUUCCAUACCACUGUUGUCUUAGCCUCUUCAGAUGUUUCAAACGCGUAGAACUGGAAACGAAUGUUCACUGUUUCCGUCGUCAUGCACUUGUGCUCCAGGAGAAAAACAUCCCUGACAGUCCAGAGUUCCUUGUCAGUAAUCCAUCUCCGUAUCUCAUUACUGACCGGGAUGUUGCUGUCCUUUCCGCAGAAGAGAGCAAACGCCAUUGGCUCUCCAUCUCCAAGAAGCCAGACAUCUUGUAUCAAGCCAUACAGUCUGCGCUUCCAGACAUGAGUCCAAUCAGCAAUUUGCCACUGUCUCCUUUCCUACAGCAAUCUUCUCCAGCACAACCAUCCAAAGUGACUCCGCUUCAGACAUUUCAGCAUCAACCUGUCACUUUCCUCAACCUCUCAGAAUGCAUAGGCCCUCUGCAACCACUGAUCAAUGUCAUCGGUACGUCAACAAACUCCCCAGCGCCAGCACCAAAUCAACUAACCCUGACCAGCCUCCCACCAUCUAACACCGCACAAGCAGAAGCAACUCAAGCCGAAAUCAACCAAGAAGAUCCUUUGACCACUCUGCCAACCAUUGAAGAAUGUCGUGCUCUUGCCCCUGAAAUAACAUCUGACUCCAGCUCUUCAUCUGGCUCUUCAUCAUCUUCAUCAUCAGCCUCAUCCAACUCUCCUGUUAAAAGACACAAUGAACUAAGGGCUGUGUUGUCAGACAUCAAUAACAACUUGAAGCAUCUAAACUCAGAUAUCAACAAACAGUAUCGGUUUAAUUGUGACUUCACAAGGAGCAUGGCAGACCUAACUGACAUCCUGAGGAGCCAAAACAGACCCACACAACCAGCAGCUGAGUGUCACCCACCAACAUAUGAUCAUCCGGAUUCCAGCCACAGCAACACCCAUCACCGUCUUGACCAUUCUGCAACUGAAACUUCUACCAUCCGUUACAACCAGCACCGUGACCGAUCUCCUUUGCGCCCCAGAAAUCACGACUCAAGGGACAGACAUGACAAGGAAAACCACCGCGACAGAAUAUUCGUGCAUCGUGGUGAGAAGCCAUUUUCUUGCGAGUUCUGUUCGGGUUCCUUCUCCACCUUCACCAGCCUGAAGACCCACCGGGUCACGCACUCAGGUAAGAUGCUGUUUGAGUGCCCUGUGUGUGGACGUGAGUUCAACCGCAGAAACAACCUCAACAUCCACAUCAAGAGGCAUGAGAAGAACCGCAAGUUUUCCUGUCCGGUCUGUAGCCAUGGUUUCGUCAUGCGGGCUCACGUUCUUAAGCAUUUACGUCUGGUGCAUCAUAUCAAGAGAAGUGGAUCACUGGAGAGGUACAAGUAG